CGCAGAUCAGCUAUGCAUCCACAGCUCCAGAGCUGAGCGACAACACCCGAUAUGACUUCUUCUCCCGUGUGGUGCCACCAGACUCGUACCAGGCACAGGCCAUGCUGGACAUCGUCACGGCCAUGGGUUGGAACUACGUGUCCACUCUUGCCUCUGAGGGCAACUAUGGCGAGAGCGGCGUGGAGGCUUUCAUUCAGAUCUCUAGAGAGAUAGGUGGGGUAUGUAUCGCUCAAUCUCUAAAGAUCCCACGGGAACCAAGGCCGGGGGAAUUUGACAAGAUAAUUGUGCGGUUGCUGGAGACCCCCAACGCCCGAGCAGUCAUCAUGUUUGCAAAUGAGGAUGACAUCAGACGAGUCCUAGAUGCUGCCAAAAGGAACAACCAGACGGGGCACUUCCUGUGGGUUGGUUCAGACAGUUGGGGCUCCAAGAUCUCACCAGUAAUCCAGCAAGAGCAGGUGGCUGAGGGUGCAAUCACCAUCUUGCCAAAACGAGCUUCAGUAGAGGCCUUCGAUCGUUACUUCCGAAGCCGCUCGCUUUCCAAUAACAGGAGAAAUGUGUGGUUUGCUGAAUUUUGGGAGGAAAACUUCAACUGCAAAUUGGGCAUGCAUGGCAAGCGGCUGGGAAGCCCCAAAAAGUGCACAGGGCUAGAGAAGGUGGGCCGUGACUCCAGUUAUGAACAGGAGGGGAAGGUUCAGUUUGUCAUGGACGCUGUGUAUGCUAUGGCCCAUGCUCUCCACAGCAUGCAUCGUCACCUGUGUUUUGGCUACCCUGGCCUUUGUCCCCGCAUGAGCAACAUCAGUGGCAAAGAGUUGUUGGAGUACAUUCGCAAAGUCAAGUUCAAUGGCAGUGCAGGGACUCCAGUUUCCUUCAAUCAAAAUGGGGAUGCACCUGGACGCUAUGACAUCUUCCAGUAUCAGAUAAGCAAGAGUUCAGUGGCGGAGUAUAAAGUGAUUGGGAGCUGGACAAAUAAGCUACACCUAGAUGUGGAUGCCAUGCACUGGAGGAAAGGUGACCCCAAGCUACCGGUGUCUGUGUGCAGCGUGCCGUGCCGGAUGGGUGAAAGGAAGAAGACUGUAAAAGGCGUCCCGUGUUGUUGGCACUGUGAGCGCUGCGAGGGCUACCACUACCAGGCAAGCGAGUUCAACUGUGAGAUGUGUCCAUAUGAACAGCGACCCGACCGCAACCGUACUGGCUGCCAGUCUAUUCCCAUCAUAAAGCUGGAGUGGUACUCUCCCUGGGCAUCUGUGCCUGUCUUCAUCUCGGUGCUGGGCAUCCUGGCCACCAGUUUUGUGGUGCUCACUUUUGUACGCCACAAUGACACACCCAUUGUGCGGGCAUCGGGCCGUGAGAUGAGCUAUGUGCUAUUGACAGGUAUCUUCUUGUGCUACGCUAUCACCUUCCUGAUGAUUGCUGCACCAACUGUUGCUGUCUGUUCUCUGCGACGCAUAUUCCUGGGCCUGGGCAUGUGCUUCAGCCACGCGGCAUUGCUCACCAAGACCAACCGGAUCCACCGGAUCUUCGAGCAGGGAAAGAAAUCUGUCGCAGCUCCACGCUUCAUCAGUCCUGCCUCACAGCUGGCAAUCACCUUUAGUCUAAUCUCUGUGCAGCUAUUUGGCGUGUUUGUGUGGUUUGCUGUUGACCCACCUCAUACAGUGGUGGACUAUGGUGAGCAGCGCACUGCUGACCCAGACAAGGCACGGGGUGUACUCAAGUGUGACAUUUCAGACCUUUCUCUCAUUUGCUCACUGGGCUACAGCAUCCUCCUAAUGGUCACAUGCACUGUUUAUGCCAUCAAGACCCGUGGGGUGCCAGAGACCUUCAAUGAGGCCAAGCCUAUUGGAUUUACAAUGUACACAACCUGUAUCAUUUGGUUAGCUUUUAUACCCAUCUUCUUUGGCACAGCACAGUCAGCAGAGAAGAUGUACAUCCAGACCACCACCCUCACCAUCUCUCUAAGUCUAAGUGCCUCGGUAUCACUGGGGAUGCUUUACAUGCCGAAGGUCUACAUCAUCAUCUUCCACCCAGAGCAGAAUGUGCCAAAACGCAAGCGCAGUUUCAAGGCCAUUGUCACUGCAGCCACCAUGUCGAGUAAGCUCACCCAGAAAGGUGGUGAUCGCCCCAACGGAGAGGUCAAGACCGAGCUCUGUGACAGCAUGGAGACCAACACACCGUCCACCAAGACGACAUAUGUCAGCUAUACCAAUCACGCCAUCUGAGUAGGGACUGCCUUGAUGGAGGGAUGAAGCCUCUCCAAAUCUGCAAAUGUGAUCCUGACAGGCAGCCGAGCAUGAGACUUUCCUGUCAUUCUGCAUAAAACAUGGGAGAGAAAGGGACCAGUGCAUCGCACCAGUGGGGGUACUACACUGCAAUCUAGUGCUACCACUACUGACACACACACACACACACACACACACACACACACACACACACACACACACACACACAAAAAAAAAAACAAACAAAGCACAAACAAUCAAAGAAAAAGGAAUGGAGAUGCAGGCUUGCAGGUGUGGCAAAUAAAAUAAGUAAAAAAAAAAAAAAAAGAAAACAUAAAAAAGCAUCCCACUAAAAUGAAAAGAAAACAUGCUACAGUUCAAAAAGAGAUGUGAAAAUGGUAUUUCCAUUGAAUCUUUUGAAAUGUGAUCAUAAAAAGAAGAGAUAUAUGAAACCUACCAGAGCUGACCAUGUUUGUUGUAAUUCCUAUUGUAUGUAUUUUUGUGGAUGUGCUAUUUUUUGUUCUUCAAAUUCUUGUUCUACGUUGUCGAAACCUGCAUAACAAGAUGAGCUGUGUCUUGUAUUGGCUAAAUGGAUUAUAGCUCACACUGUAAGUGCCAUGAAUGACGCAUGCCAGUUUUUUUAAUACAAAAUGAUUUAUUUAUAAUAAAGGAAUGUUUUGCAAA